AUGUGGAAUCGGGAACAGCUUGAGAACUUCCUCCGAGAGGAUGUCCACAAGGAGGUUCUUGUGUGGUCAAGGACAAAUGACGCUGACGAAGUCAUCGAUGCGACCCGCAAGUUCAACACCUUGAUGGCGGAGGCAGCGAAAGAAGUUCCAAUAGGAGGAUCCUCGCUAUCCAGGGCCGUGGAAGGCCCUGAUGACUCUGCCGUCCUUGCCAGGGCAUGGAGCACAAAGGUAGGUUGUCCUGAGUUGCGCAGCUCGCGUCCCUGGCUGUAUGGCGCUUCAUUCGCGAAGGGCUCGAGCAUGCCUUUGAAGGGGCCACUCUUUAAUGAAGGCUUUGUUCCGUUGAAUGUGUUUCGUGAUUUGAUCGAGAGUCGUAACGCCCAUGCCACGGGACUUGUGAGUCUGCUCUGUGCACUUAGUAGCAGAUUGCGUGCGACAAGCGUGGGGAUAAUGAACAUCGAUAUGAAGAAUGAGUUUCAAGUCUAUGAAGAGAUGAUUGAUGAGAAAGCUGGACUGCAGACAUAA